CGAUCAGUCUCCCAACGGGUUCGAUUAUAUUUCAUUGUUGGAACCCGGCCCGAAUACCCCGCGAUUGAGACGCCAUCAUCAUCGACGGCUCUCGCCGAUAACCGCUCCACAAAUCUGACGGCCAAUUUUUCUCCGUUUUGGCGCAUACGCUCGGAUUACCUUUCAUCUUUUCUUCGUUUAAUCGUCCUUCUCUUCUCCGAUUCCUUGAGGUGAAGAUGGGAGUCAAAGCAUUACUUGUCACCCUCUUCCUUUCUUCUCUAUGGUUUUCUCCAUCCCUCUGCGCCGCCUCAAAUGAUGGGCUGGUUAGGAUUUCACUCAGAAAGAUGAAACUGGAUCAGGAGCACCUAAUUGCCUCCAACUACAGAGGGCACUCAAGGAAGUAUAACUUCCAGGGUCGAUUCGGGAAUUCCGAGGACUCUGAUAUCGUGGCACUAAAGAACUACUUGGAUGCUCAGUACUUUGGGGUGAUUGGUGUUGGUACCCCUCCUCAAAAAUUCACUGUCAUCUUUGACACCGGGAGCUCCAACUUAUGGGUUCCGUCGUCAAAGUGCUAUUUCUCACUUUCUUGUUUCUUCCAUUCUAAAUACAAGUCAAUCCUAUCCAGUACUUAUAAAAAGAAUGGAACUGCUGCUGCAAUCCAAUAUGGAUCCGGAGCAAUCUCGGGCUUCUUCAGCCAGGAUAGUGUCCAAGUUGGUGAUCUUGUUGUGAAAAAACAGGAUUUUAUUGAGGCAACUAGGGAGCCAAGCCUGACGUUUCUCGUUGGCAAGUUUGAUGGUAUCUUGGGUCUUGGGUUCCAGGAGAUUUCUGUUGGAAAUGCCGUUCCGGUUUGGUACAACAUGAUGAACCAAGGACUAGUUAACCAGCCGGUUUUCUCAUUUUGGCUGAACCGUAACGUACAAGACGAGGAAGGGGGAGAAAUUGUAUUUGGGGGAGUAGAUCCCAAUCACUACAAGGGGAAACACACCUACGUUCCGGUGACAAGGAAAGGUUAUUGGCAGUUUGAGAUGGGUGAUGUUCUCAUCCACGGUAAACCCACAGGGUAUUGUGGGAAUGGAUGUUCUGCAAUAGCAGAUUCAGGGACUUCUCUCCUAGCCGGCCCAACGAACCAUAUGCGAGACCAAAUAUUGUCUUAUGCCAAUGAGCUAUGUGAACGCCUGCCGAGCCCAAUGGGAGAAUCGACUAUCGACUGUGGAAAGCUUUCUUCAAUGCCUAGUGUUUCCUUCACGAUUGGCAAUAAAGUGUUCCCUCUCUCCCCUGAUGAGUACAUACUGAAGGUGGGCGUGGGCCCAGCUGCACAAUGCGUGAGCGGGUUUACAGCGCUGGAUGUCGCCCCCCCUCUCGGGCCGCUCUGGAUAUUGGGAGAUGUUUUCAUGGGGAGGUAUCACACGGUGUUCGACUAUGGCAAUCUGCAGGUUGGAUUUGCGGAAGCCGCCUAAGCUGAUCUUGUAAUGUUCUUCUGUACAUAAAAGUGAUCUAUUUAU